AUGGAUUUCAACAAAGAGGAAAAGCCAAUGUCUACUAUUGAACACGUUGAGCAAAGUCACAUUGGCACGCAGCAAGACAUUGCCGAUCUUGCUGCCCGCCAGAUUGAGUAUGAGAAGAGCCUCAGUUUCUUCGAGACGGUGCAGGUGUUCUGGCGAAGCACUCUCUGGAUUCUAUAUGGCCAACUCGUCGUUUUCGGCUAUGGCAUCGAUGGAAUCAUCGCGGGUAACCUGCUUGCAAUCCCCAAGUUUCGAGAGGAUUACGGAACCCUUCUUGGAGAGGGCGACACCGCAAGCUGGAUUAUCCCGGCAACUUGGCAAAGCCUUUACGGUGGCGUCUCCCAGCUGGCUGCCAUUCUCGGGGCUGCCUUCACCGGUUGGAUCACCGAUAGGAUCGGACGUCGAUACACCAACAUGAUAUUCUGCGCCAUCUCCAUUGCUGGGGUUGGAGUUCAGUACGCUUCGGUCCAUAACGGGUCACUUGCAAUUCUCACAGCUGGAAAGGCAAUCAAUGGUCUCUCCAUUGGAGCAUGGCUCAUAAUUGGACCUCUCUAUGCCUCCGAGGUUGCACCACUGAAACUGAGAGGCUGGCUCACGGCCAUGACAAACUUUAUUCAGUUCUGUGGCACUCUUCUCUUCACCGGCAUCAUGUAUAAGUUAGGCCCUAAGAACGAUGCCGACGCCUACAUCAUCCCAUUUGCCUGUCAAUGGAUCAUUCCGUGCUUAGUCCUUCCCACUGCCUGGAUCUGGCCCGAGUCACCUGUCUGGCUCGUCCGCUCCGGACGCCGCGAAGCUGCCCAGAAGUCACUUGACCGUCUCCAUGGCAACAACCCGGCGAUCAACAAGGACGCUGUACUGGCCAUGAUUGAGAACACUGUUGAGCAAGAACGCGAGCAUCGUUCUCAGACAGCGAGUGUGACCUACGCUUCCUGCUUCCGAUCGACAGACAGACAGCGGACUUUGAUCUGCAUGUUCAUCUACGGGUGCCAAUAUCUGAGCGGCCUCAUCUUUGUCCUCGGUUAUCAGUCGUACUACUAUCAGCUUGCCGGGUUUGAUGCACAAUUUUCAUUCCUGCUUGGAAUGAUCAACAAUAUCAGCAUGUUCAUUGCCAACAUCCUGUCUUGGCCGCUACUGACCAUCGUGGGCCGCCGACCUCUUAUCAUCUGGGGCCAGCUUGCAUGUGCCAUCACACUCUUUAUUGUGGGAGGAGCCUCUAUACCAGGGCAUAGGACAACAAACCUUGUCACCAUCUCUUUCAUGUUUGUCUGGGGCUUCACCUAUCAGAUUACGCUGGGGACAGUUGCCUGGACAGUCGUGGCAGAGAUUCCCAGUUGGCGUCUUAGGUCACGAACCCAAGGCCUAUCCAACAUUGUUCUCUGUGCAGUGCAGUGGGUAGUGGGCUUUGUGUUCCCAUAUAUGUUCAACCCGGAUGCCGGUAAUCUCGGCGGCAGGGUUGGGUUCAUCUUUGGUGCGACAACCUUUCUCGGCUUUGCGGGAUCUUGGUUAUGGCUGCCCGAGACAAAGAACCGUACUGUUGCUGAGCUUGAUGAUUUGUACUCCGCAAAGGUCAAGCCGCGUCAUUUUCACAAGACCUUUCUCACACAUGGUACUGGGUCCGAUGAGGGCAAUAACAAGACUGAGUAG